AUGGCUACCUUUCAUGAUUUUACUGCGAAAGCAGAUGGUUUUGGGUCGUCAUCGCUGACUUUUGCUUUACAGGCCUUGCUCCACCGUCAUGAAAGUUAUAUGGCUGAGGCCGAAGAGGACCGGCAUCGCUUGGUCACCAGCAUUGACGAUUUAGAGCGAGAAAAGAAACAAGUACAGGCUGAGAAUGCGCGCAUCAUUGAAGAGAAUCGCAAUCUACUAGAACAACUCGACACUCUCAAUAAAGCCGUCGCCGAGUCCGACGACCAUGUCAAGUCCCUCACUAUUACUCUGGAAAGCACCGAGUCGGAGUUGCGAAGGUUGACGGUCGCUGCGGCGCGCGCUGAAGACCUUGAGGCGCAACUAGCUCUCAUGGAGACCGAGCAGAUAGGCCUUCAGGAAAGUCUCACUUCGGCGCACGAAGAUGAGAAGUCAGCGGUUCAGCGGUGGAAGCAAGCAGAGUGUAGUCUGCGCGACCUUCAUGACCAAGUCGAUCGCAUCGAGAAAGAAGCGCGCGAGGAGAGCGAGCGGCAUACAGAGUUGGUCGAGCGCAUGGAACGGAAGAGGGCGGUUGAGCGCGAGCUAGAUAACGCAGCAGGCCGUCUCAAAGGCGCUGCCGCCGCCUCUGAACUAAAUCGCAAUGCUGGUGGGACCAAUGUGGUCUCACGCUUCGUCAAGGAUAUUCUACAAGAUAACGCCAACUUGCAAGUCGGGAUAAUGGAAUUGCGCGACAUGUUGCAAAGCUCAAAUGAAGAAGUACAGAGUCUUCGCGACCAAGUCAUGUCUCACCAACCGCUGGCCGGUAUCGAUGAGGAGAAUUUACAGCCAAGGUCUUCCACUACCUUGAGCGAGGAGCUGGAAGCAAAAGAAGAACGCCGUGUGUCUCAGGAACUUCAUAUCCAUCACCACUACCAUUCCCCGACCCAGCCUGCCAAGAAAGAGAAAGGUCCGCUCAACCGCCGUGUCAAGAAACGUCGCCCUGCUUUGGGAAGUCCCGUCGCGAUGCACUCCGCGGUGCGCUCCCAAUCGCCCCGAAGAGCCAUUCAUCGCUCGCAAUCGUCCGGUUCAUCCAUGUCCACAAUCCUGUCCCACACAUCUGUUUCCAUCCCACCGCAAUCUUCUCGCCGCUGGUCCUUACAAUCUUAUGCUCCGGAUUCAAUGGCAAGCUCUCCACAGUCCGGGUUCCAAACAUCAUCGAUAUUUGACCGGGUUGAACGUGGACCUGAAUUCUCCCAGCCUACCAGCCCCGACAGCACCGUGUUCUCAUCGCCAAUGAUGGGAGCGCGCAAUUGGAAAGGUCUUGACAUGCCUUUCCGUCCAAUGGGUGGAUUCGAUAGCGACGAUCCAUCUCAAUCCUUGCCCACUUACGACGAAGAGAUCUACAACCGAGAUUACGCCAAUCCCAGCGACAAAUUGAGACAGCCCGCCAUCCCAGAAGAAUCCGAGUCAUCGCCUUCUGUCGCAUACUUUGACACCUCUGCGCACAACCCAAUUCCAGCACCCGAAGAUGACAUCUUUGCAAUGCACCCACAAUCCCCAGCAUUGCGCAGGUCCUCGUCGCACGACAGUCUUCUCUCCGUAUCUGUUGCAGGAAUGGACAUCCACACGCCUAACAACCGCCACAUGCGCAUGGGUGAUUGGCAUCCCGGCAUGAUGAAGAUUCCCCAGCGCGUCCUCCCUCCCAGCGUCGAAUUAGUCUCAACACCCCCUAUAAUCUCCACCCCCUCCAUCCAAGUCGAUCGCGCCAAAAGCUCUACACACACAUCGCAGUCCUUGCUAGCUUCCAUGGCCGCAAGCAACAGCAAGUCCGACGCAGCAUCUAUCGUCUCCGCCGAUAGUGCCAGCACCGGAUCAACAGCCACAACCGGACCCCGCAAGGGUCCGACCCUGGGGCGCCGCGUCGGAGGCUGGGUCCUAGGUCGAUGGGGCAUGGCGCCUGCCUCCGACGAGACAACUGAUGCAACCGAACCGGCCGAAUCACCCAAUACCUCAGUCGCAUCUUCUCCUUCUGUCCCAGCUCCCGUUCCCAAAGUGGACCCAUUGGCUCUCCGCUUCAGAUACCCAGGCGUGAAUCAAAAGGGUCCGAUCAUGGGCCUCCGCCCUCCACCUCCCGCUCCAACCUCCCUUCAUCCCAAUGAUCUAGAUGAGAAUUUGUUGCGAGAGAGUCUAGCCGAGUAA